AACACAUUGCAUUAAACACCAUUCACACACAAACAUGACAAAUGAGGAAAUUAAUACGUCGGCGACUGUCGAAUAAAUUUAGAAAAAUAAAGUAGUAAAUCAAAUUGAGAUGUAGAUAGCAAUGUCGAGGAGUCUUUGAAGACGACCACGUCUCAGCUUCACGUACUGGCAUGUGCUAUUUGAAAAGUUGGAGAAACUGCAACACCACCUAUGCUGCCAGUUACACACAAGCUGGACCGGUUUACUUGUCUAAAGGACUGAUCAGUGGAUCAAAUCCCCAAUUCUGUGAUGUACUACUACUCUGAUGCCCUGUCACUAUGACAACCGGUUGUCAUGGAGACAGCCUUCCCUAGUAGCUUUCCAAUCCUGAUACUCUUAAAGCAGAACUCGGAUAUUAAAGAAUCUUGGAAUGAGAUGUGGCCAUGUAGGCGUAUUGUCAUCACCGUCCGAGGCUUUCAACUCUAAGAUUGAGCAAGGAUGACGAUGGACGAGACGGAUGCAGAUAUCCUCCUGGGCGCGCAGUAUGGCGAUGUCUUCCACAGCCAGUAUGUCACCAAGAAAUUGCUCGGCAGGGGCGUCAGUAGCACUGUCCGUAAGUGCAUCCAACGGGACACCGGCCAGUUCUACGCUGUCAAGAUCAUCGACAUCACCCAGACCGAGUCCCAGGCCGUUAAAGAGGAGUACGAAAAUGAGGUGGCCAUCCUACGACAGCUGUCUGGCCCGCCCAAACACACCAACAUCAUUGAAAUGUUUGACUUCAUCGAGACUCCAUCUUACUUCUUCAUGGUAUUCGAACUGUGUCCCGAGGGUGAGCUGUUUGACUAUCUCACCAAAUUCGUCACACUUUCUGAAAAGAAAACUAGGAAUAUCAUGAGACAGAUUCUAGUUGCUAUACAAUUCAUCCAUGACCAUGGCAUAGUCCACAGAGAUAUCAAGCCAGAGAAUAUUUUACUGAAGGAAAAUCUGAUAGUGAAGAUAUCAGACUUUGGCAUGGCUGCUGUCAUCAAUGAAAAGAAACCACUGACAGAGUUAUGUGGUACUCCUGGCUACAUGGCACCCGAGACGUUAAAGUGCAGUAUGAACCUAGACUGUGUCAAAGGUUACGGAAAGGAGAUUGACCUCUGGGCCUGUGGGGUCAUCAUGUACACACUUCUAGUUGGAUGUCCGCCGUUCUGGCAUCGACGUCAAGUGAUCAUGCUGCGAAGCAUCAUGGAGGGGCGGUACUCGUUUGGCAGUCCAGAGUGGGAGGACGUCAGUGAAACAGCUAAAGACUUGAUAAGAAACCUUCUAGUUGUCGAUCCCUCAGAGAGGUUGACGGCAAAAGAGGCGCUGCAGCAUCAAUUCUUCCAAAUCUCGGACUCGCCUAAAAUUGUGUUCACGCCGCGGAAGAAGUUCAGGGCUGCUGUCCUGGCUGUGUCCGUCAUCUGCAGCCUGUCUCGCGGAAGCCUCCAACGUUCCAUCCCCAUCAGCCGGGCCCGGCAGAACCCUUACAAGGUCAAAGCCAUUCGUAAGGUCAUCGACACCUGCGCGUUCGGCAUGUACGGCCACUGGGUCAAGAAGGGCGAGGUGCAGAACCGGGCCGCGCUCUUCGAACACUUGCCAAAGACGGACCUGAAGACCAUGAAGGAGAACAAUAAGGGCUCCCCCAACAUUAGCCCCUCCCCCUCCUUCAUUGGGACGGGGGUGACGUUUGGAUUAUGACUCCCAAGAUUAGCGAGAUCUCUUUUAAUUUAUUAAAAUUAAAGAUGGAUGCUAUGAGCUUCUAGUGCAUAUGACUCAAUUGACCCAAGGAAUGCUGUUCAAAGUUUGCAAUUCAGAAUUCAGAUUACACCGUGUGCAUCUCCCAGUUUGACUGCCGUGCCAAAAAAACAAGGUCUGUUGUAAGCCUAUUUACCAAGAUCACCAGCCGCCCUUCACAACAGCUGUAGAUGCAUCACUGGCUGCCUAAAACCAACGGAUGUGGAUAGCUUGGCUGGUAUGUUGCUCCACCAGAGUUCGUAGAUCAGCUGCCAGUAGAUCUGAACGUAGUAGGCAAGUUGGGGACACCCGCCAUCCCUGUCACUUCCAUGAUCACCCAGCCCCAAACCGCCCGAAGUCAAGGAAAGCUUCCUUCACACAGUCCAACCACCGUCACAGUCUCCUCAAGCAACUAGACUAGCCUUGUGGGAAAAUAAACGCAGUGAGAGCCGCCACCACGAGCAGCUGCCAAUCCCAACCAAGGAACAGCUACCACCUGGUCCCACGUGCGACUAGAAGACCUGGAAGUCCCUCAACAGGCUUCGUACAGGGAUGGGCCGAUGCAAGACGAACAUGAGCAAAUGGGGCUAUGCUGAUUCGGAACAUCUGAAUGUGGAACAUCUGUACAAUCCAUGCCACACCUACUAAGAUGCCCACUUCUUGGUGAGCAGUGCUGCCUGUAAGAUCUAGCGGUGGCAAACGAGAAGGCUGUUCACUGUGCAAGAGCCUGGCCGAACAUUUGAAACCUAGAUGACGGACACGAAAGAAGACCAGCUCCUCACUCCACUACCAGCAACCAGGCUCAUGUGGGAAUCAAAGCUGGCAAAAUUGUGCUCCCUGCAAGAAUUUUAGACUGAUACGCCAUUGCUGACUGCAUCUAUGUGUUAUCAGUGCACGUGGUGGUGUACAGAAACCAGACAAGACAUCGCAGUCCAAUCACGUUGCAACAUGUACGCAAAGUGAAAUCCCGACUCCCAAGUGACUCAAGUAUAUAUUCCAAUUCAUAAUGUUAAGAUAUAUUGCUGUCAAUUCGGACUGAAGAAAAUAUAUAAGAUGUGUGCUACACAACUUCACAUCUUCAGUUUUGCCGAAUUAUCAGAAAUGCUGGCCCCAGCCUAGGAUGUUUCCUUUUUCAUACGUGUUCCACCGAUGGGCUGGGUUUUCAGUAGGGAAAAACAAAAAUGAAUAUGACACGUUAUUCCACUACAGAGUAAUAGUUACCGUAUUUAGGGUAAUGUGAAGCUUCUAUUUUAUGGAAAAUCACAUCCAGGGUUUUUUGUAGUGACAGAACACCAAAGAAUUAAAAAAAGA